AGAGUGUGUGACAGGAAAGGACGACCGCUUCUUGUGAUGUUAGCUGAUGUUGUAACGAACGAAGUAUACUUUUGAAGUAUUUUUUCCGCAAACUGGAUUUAAAAGGUGCUUUAAAAUGACUGGAGGAAGCGAUAGGUUUGCUCUGACAGCUGAGCAAUAUUUAGGUAAGUAAAAGACAUAAGCUUGUGAAGCAGAAUGUACAAGCUUUGAGUUCCUUUGAAGUUUUAAAAGUUGGUUCCGGGCAGUUAGAAUUUUAGCAGUAAUGCACGAGGCAGCGAUGAGCUCAUGAAAUGUCGUUUUUUUUUCAGCAAAGUACCAUGUGCUGACAUACCUUCAGGUAAAAUGUGUUUCCAUGUUUUUAAUUAAUUGAUAUACAGUACAGCUCAAUAGGGACAUGCCAUUUCUUUUGAUCCGCCCACCCUCUAACGAUAUAUAUAGCGGGUUUUUGAAGAGGGGUGGUCGGAUUUUUUCUUCAAAACGGCCCCAAAAAUUGUACUCUUUUCGAGACGUAACUAUUCGGUGAUGAAUGACUUCAAUGAGUAAUCGAUGAGUUAUCAUUGGGUAAUCAACUGAUUAGUCAUUGAUUAUUUGCUAUUAUCAGUGGGUAAUCAAUAACUAAUCAAUGGCCAAAAAUUUUGUGGCCUAUUGAUUACUCAUCCCUGACAUCGAUUACUCAUUGAUGUCAUCAAUGAAUAAUUGAUGCUUUCGAUGAUUAUCUAAUGAUUAUCCAUCGAUCAGUCAUUGAUUUCACAUCUUAUACAAGCUGGUCAUGAAGAAGUCGCCAGGGGAUUUAAGACAGUCAGAUCAAAUGGAGAAAUAUUUCAAAUGAGUAAUUAUGAUAAUAAUAGUUGACUUGAGUUUUCAAAACAUAUGCAGGAUGCAGUUGCCCAGCUAUUGGAACAUAAAGAAGAGAAUCCAAGGGUCAUUCCAGCUCGCUUUCUCAGUGACUAGUACGUUAAUAUUUUUUAUCUUUUUCUGUGCUCUUUAAUAGGUAAAGUACAGUAAACACCCGCUAAUGAGAACCUGUGGAUUAAAAAUCAUCUGCAGAAAUUUACCACUUAAAUACCUAAAAAUACAAGGCCCUGUUUAGCCAAGCAAGAUCAAGCAGGUUGUUAUAUGUGGGUUAUUAUGAUAAACAAUAAUAUUUGACCAAGGAGUGCAACCUUAAGUUGUAAAUUUAAGUAUCACAAGAGUAUACUGUACUUAACUGGACAUAAAUUCAGUAAUCACUUAUAAUCAUUAUAACAAAAUUGUGAAUAACGAAAAAGUUUACUUACUUUUCUGAUAAUCAACAAUCUAUUAUCUCUGUCAUAAGAAUUAAGGUCCUAAUUAUGAACCUACUUGGCCUAAAUUGCCAAUAAGUACCCCAAAAUAAAAGAACCUUUUUUGUCAGACCUCAAAAAAAGUAGGUUCUUAUUAGCAGGUGUUUACACUUGUACUGUAUUUUCACUGCUCCUUCCUUGUUGUGCAGAUUAGUGGCUGCAAUGAUUAUUAAUCUGGGGAGUUGUUCAUUAUGUUUGCAGGGGUAAGGAGCAUAAAUUUAGAAAGCUGUCCUCUAGGACAGAAGAUAAAAGGACAAAAGUAUCACCGAAGCUUUACUUUAGCUUAGCAUGUAGUAAAUUAAAAUUUGUAACCAUUGGGUAAGGUUGAAAGUGUUUGGGUUGGCUGUUGUGUGAGUGUGCAAGCUGGAGCUUCGUUUUUGGGUCAGCCUGUUUUGUUAGUCCAAAAGUUGUCCCAAUGAAAAAUACAAAAAAAGAAGACAGUGGACAUUAGACAUCAGAAAAAAGUGAGACUUACAGACAAGAGAGAGAAGACAGUCACUGCUGACACCACACAGAAGACAGAAGAUGGAAGAUUAAAAACACCAGACAUCAGACAGAAGACACCAGAGCAAAAGACAGAACAUGAUAGACAGAAGACACCAGAAACGGGAUUCCAAACUUCAAAGCAGAAGACAGAACAUAGAAGAUAGAAAACACCAGACAGCAGACAGUAGAGCAGAAGACAAAAAUUGAUAGACAGAAGACACCAGGUACCAGACAGUAGAGCAGAAGACAGAAAAAAUCAGACAGCAUAUAGAGCAGAAGACAACAUGAAAGACAGAAGACACAAGAAACCAGACAGUAGAGAAGAAGACGGAAAACACCAGACAGCAUAUAGAGUAGAUAACAACAUGAAAGACAGAAGACACCAGAAACCAGACAGUAGAGAAGAAGACAGAAAACACCAGACAGCAUAUAGAGCAGAAAACAACAUGAAAGACAGAAGACACCAGAAACCAGACAGCAGAUACAAAACACAAGACAGCAGACAUAAUAAAAGCAUUUUUCCGUUUGAUGAUCAUUUUAUUAAUACUUGUAACCUUUUCUCUUGAUUAUAUAGUGAUAUCAUUAGUUGACCACUGAUGUUGCUCACACAUGGGACUUUUAAGUCCCAGGUAGACAAAAAUUUAAUGGUUAACCUUGAUAAUGCCUUUGAUACAGCCACCUUGUUAUUCACUCAAUGGCCACAUUCUGAAAUUCCAAAUUACAUGAAUCAUUGAAUGUACUCCUAGUCUAUAAAUUCACCUUGUUAAUAUACUGUGCUCCAACAUAAAUUUGCAUUCUAAAGGCACUCAAGUUACAGAUUCUAAUGCUAAUAAACCUUGAGGAAUAAUGAUAAUUGGUUUUAUGUCAUGGUGUUGUUGCUAAAUUCACCAAUGUGGCAUCUUAGAUGAGAAAAGAAAGUGGUUAUGAAACCCACUUAACUCUGCUAAUGCAAUAGAAAAGGUUACAAGAAUUAAUAAAAUGAUCACCUAAAACGUAAAAGGAAAAUGUGAAAUCUGUUUUCACAUUCUCUUACUUCCAUAAUGUUUGGAGGCUACUCUGGUUAAUAUGUACGGGAUAUUGGGCUUAGGUGUUAACAGAGUUCCUCUCUAUAUGCAGUUCAUGUUUAUGAGCUGAAAACAUAGCUAGUGGUCAAUCCAGGGGGAGGGUUAGAGGGAAUAACCCUCCUGAAUAUAUUUACCAGACCUAUAGAUUUAUCUAAAGUAUUCAAUUUAGUGCUUUCUGUUGACUUGGUUUAAAAAGCCCUUGGAAGGAUGAGAUCACAUUAUUUUUUUCUUGCAGCUUUAGGAGUGUUGUGCAAGGAAACCACACUCUGUUCAGGGAAUACAGCUACAUUCGAAAGACACCUCACAACACAGCGUCUUUCAUCCGCGUGUUUUGGAAAUGUUUUAGACACAUAGGGAUGAAUGGAGGUACAGUACUUGUAACUUACAAGUAAGGGUCUUCACACCCAUAAAAAUAACUUGUUGUCUUGUUGUUCUCAGGCUUAAUUUUGCCACUCCCUGAGCUGCGGUCUUUUUUCUUUCCAGAGAGAGAAACAAAGGGAUUAGUGUAAGCUCACUUUAAUUUGAACAGCAGCUGGUAAUCCAGCAUUAACUGUGUAUUAUUUGUAUGUUUUUUUAUUUUUUUUUGUUAACGCGUGUACAUUUAGGUAUAGUUAGUUGACACUUAACACCACUGGUUAAUUUCUUUUUGUUCUUCAGAUUUACUAUCUGCAAAAGAAUACCAUUCACUUAUUUGUCUUCUUUGCCCUGACUUUCCCUUUGAACCUGUGCAAAAAACUGCCAGGUACGUUCUCCUUGUUAGAAGUUAUCCCCUCUAUACAUAUGUCACUGUUAUAAGGUUUUAUUCCUUCCCCCCAUCAACCAAAGAUGGUUUAUUUCAUUCUGAUAAAGCAAUAAUUUGUUAAGUCUUUCGCUUAAAGGAGCUGUGUCACGAAAUUCAGCCAAAUUAGGUAUUACAGAAUGCCUGUUAAAUCCAAGAGAAACAUGAAAAUAACCGCUUAAAACAUUAAAGGAAGGUUAAAGUAACACAACAGAUACAACAGAUGCCACGGAUGGGCAGAACUGAAGAAGAUUGAAACAGAUUGAAGUUAGGGUUUUUGAAAACUGUUCAGCCUAACAGUUUUUCAAAGUUUACAAUGUAUCUCUGCUGUUUGCAACUUCAAAAAAUAAAUAUGCUCAGGAGACAUAUUUGUUUGUCUCGAAUCUCUGACUUUGUCACUUACAUGUACUUUCUUUGCUUACUUUAAGUUCCAUAGCAAUUGAGGCCGAGUAAUUGGCAAAAUUAAACAAAACGACGUGGACUGCUGUGACACAGCUCCUUUAAGUUAAUGGUGUUUUUUAUAAACCCACAGGAUUAUUUUGAUGGAGGAUGCUAUGGAUUGUCUAAUGUCUUUUCCAGAUUUCCUUUAUGCUUUCCAGACACAGUUCUUUUAUGACGGUGAGGCAAAUGCAUUUUAUAUGAACUGAAAAUCUUUUAAACUCUAUUGGUGUUUGCAACUAAAGGUUACAAUCAGCAAAAAAAUUGUUGAGACAAACAGGGUAACUUGAGAGAACAAAACAAACAAAACCCCUUCCCCCUCCCCUCAAUUCAAAGUUGGGUGUCUGUUUUCUGCUGGUAGCUUGAACGGCGGCACAACAUUACAUGGAUGGGAUGGGGGGGAGAGGAAAUCUUCAUUUUCCCCUUUUGAAGUUGGUAAAACAUCAGAAAGGCCCUUAAUGGCAAAGUGUCUCAACUAAUUUGGUCGCCAAUUGUAGGUCUAAGCUUUCUACGUUUAACAGAAUAAGUAGGGACCUUAUGAAACUAUGAUAAGUACCAGCAAUGUGAAAAUCAAAUAAACGAGGGGAAACGUAGCCUGAAAUUCAUCCGAUUGCUUUGAGUCGUUUUCUCCUCUCAACAACAUCUGAAUCGACCGGUUGUUAAUGCCAUCCAGUGACGUCACUCACUACGCGAAAACAGGGUAGUGAUUUUGAUUGGUUGAUUGUCUAAACAUUCUCAUAAUUAUGUAUAAUUAUGAAAAAUUUUAGCGGGAUUGUCACUUGAUAUUGAGCGGAUCGCAUCCCUGGCAUUCUUUUGUGUUGUUCAAACAUUUUGAUAAGCUUAAUCUUUAUCUUAAACAGCAAGAUUGCUCGUCUUCGAAACUGAAAUGCUAAGUUGAACUGCAAAUGAAGAACCAUUGCGGAGAGUCGGUAGGUUUUUCAUUUGGAGCCGCUUUGUGGUUUCGGCGCCCAGUGAUUUUGUUUACGCGAAGUUUUCUGAAAUCAAUAUUAUAAUUCGACCUUCUUGCCUUUUUAGCGUCAAGUGUACUGAUUCUGUUAGCUUUUCUUUCUUGUCUCCUUGUUUUUUUCUUCGUUAAGGACCAAAUAGCUUCUUUUCAAUUAAAGCAAAUCAUUGUGUUUUUGAACUAAGUGUUCUGUGUGUGUGUUUAUUUCAUUUCAUUGCAUGAUUGCGACCGAGUUUGAUCAUAGAAUUCAGUACAACCGGUUCAGAGUUGUACUGCAUGCAGUUGAUAGUUUGAACGUUAAACAUGAAUUACGAUCGAAAAAAAUGAAGCAAUUCUGUAUCAUGCAGACAUUUCCAAACGAUAUUUCUCGGUUUGCCACUUGAAAAUCGUGUUUUACUUUUUGCCUGAAUUAAGGCAAAGGUCAAGGAGUAGUGAUGUCACUGGACGGCAUUAACGGUCAGUCAAUUCAGACGUUACUGAGGGAGUAAUAACGACUCGAAGCAAUCGGAUGAAAUUCAGGCUAGGGGAAAUGCAAAGAUUAGGAAAACUAUGUUGCACAGCAAACCAACUUUAAACCCUCAGUUAGCAUCCAGGAGAACAGGUUUAAGACAACUGAAUUCUGAAUAAAAGCCUGAUAAGGUAUAAUUUUGUAUUGACUAUUUAAUACUAAAAUGCAUGUAAUUUAUGAACAACAAUAACAACAACAAUUGAUGCCCUCUAAACUGAAGUAUAAUGACUUAUAAAAUUUACGUAAUUAAAGCGAUUUCUAAAGUAAGACACAGGGGGUUCAUUAAGGUUUUGAACAGGAGGGCAACUGAGUUUGACACCCAGGCGAAGAAUUGGCAAGACCCUCCCCUGGGGGGGAUCCGGGGGCAUGCUCCCCCGGAAAAUUUUGAAAUUCUAUAGUCGCAGGGAUGUGUUUUCCUGCAUUUUGAAGCUGCAGACUAUGACUUUCAACAACCAAAAAAAGAUAGCUUUUCCAGACAAUUUAAUCAUGACUAAGUGAUUAGAUGAAGUGCGGCAGAGAAACAUUUGGAGAGACGAAGAGUUUUCGCUAGAAGGUGAAUCACAAAAGUAUUAGUUUAACAACAUUUACUUAUCUUUAAAAUUUCAAUGACUAGACGGGAGGAGCACUGUUUUAACGUGAACGCACCGAAAAUUAAUUCAUUGGCGUAAACCAUAAGACGAACCAAAAAUCACGCUUCGCUUCGUUGAACAUGAUGAUUAAGCCAUUCAAUAUAUACAGGCAAGUAAAAGGUUAAAUCACAAAGAAGUCUACUCACCUCUUGGCCUUUUCUCUACUGGAGGCCCUUUGAUUGAAGCCGAAAAAUUCACUAUAUAACGCGUUCUUUUCUGGGCGGCCAUGCUCGCGUGCUCGCAACACUGAUAGUCAUUUCAGGUGGUCGCUUAUGAAGCGCAGUUCUUUUCACAAUGUGUUAUGGGGCGUUUCUUGUUUUUAACACAUAACGAACGAGGGGAUUUCAUGCCGCAUGUAAUAAAGUGGAAAUUGCACGGCAAAGUAUGUUUUACACUCGAUAAGACUCACCAAGAAAAGGGCAGUAUUGUAACUUAAAACUGUUUUUGAUCGUUCCUUGUAUUAAAAAGAAGUUCUUUGAGAUGUAAAGCAGCCGGGCAAAGUCGUGUUCACAGCCGGUCAAUUUGCCCGGUGCCCGGCCCUUAAUGAACCCCCUGAAGACAAGAAAAGAAUUCAGGUAUGCUUAAUCAAGUUAGGUUAAGCUGGUGAUACUGGAUACAUACAAAACAAAGAAUGAAUAAAUAAAUUAGAAAGAAAGAAAAAGUUAAAGUAAAAAGUAAUGAAAUAUGAAAACUAUCUAGGCCGGCAUAACCUUUCUUUAAGCAGUUAGUGUAGAGUGAUUUUUUUUGCCUGAUGUAAAAGUUCUUCCCCAUUCCAUUUCAUGGAAAUACAAAUGUAGCUAGGACAGGAUAUAGUAAUAUUAUCAGUCAUAGUGCGAGGUUAUGAUUGACAUGUCACUGACACGCACUUAACUACUACCUAAAUACUCUGUGCAUUGACCAUUUAAGUGCAACUUAUUUGCAUGGAUUCCAUCAUCAUUCUCAUAGAGUUUAUAGAGAAGCUGCAUGGAGCCUACCAAGCAUUGUUAUCAGGUACCUACAGACCAGGUCAGAUUGUGGUAGCAGUACCAACACUGUCCACGCCAGUGCAACAUAAGUCACAACAGUCUCAAAAUGCUGGGCAUGAAACAUCCCAGGUUAAUUCUGGGGAUGGUGUAGACGUCCAUUCCUUCUUGGAGGCUGCACUACAAAUCAUUCAUACCAGUAAUGGUACUUUCAGGUACAUACUUUACUUUUCGUGUUUUAAACUUGUAAUAACAGAAUGAGCCAAAGUGAAAUCAGUAGAUAAAAGUCAAAAUUUCAUUUUGUCAAAUACUGAGAAACAAAAAUGGUACCAUGCAAAUUUGCUUCCAUCCUGGAGACUGCACUACAAAUCAUUACCAGUAAUGGUUCUUUCAGGUACAUACUUUACUUUUCUUCUUUUAACCUGUUUACUCACAGGAAGACCCAAAGUGAAAACUAAAGAAAAAAUUCCAAAUUUUUCAUUUUGUAGUAAGUAAUACUGACAAACAAAAAUGUUACCGUACAAACGUGCUCUCAAGAAGGGUAUGUUACACAUGUAAAUUGAUUGCACUGUAGGAUUUGGUCCACAGAUGCAAAAGUACGACCUACAUGUAGAUUGUCUCCACUGUGCCGGCAGGGGCAGUUUGCCAAAUUCCGAAUGGCUGAUUAAAGCUGAAUGACUCUGAAGAUGGUGAUUAGGGUUUUAAUGCUAGAUGUCUCCAUGGCACAGACACAAGUGAGAGUCCAGUGGCUGACUCAUCUUAAAACACAGCUUCUACAUGUACCUUGUGACAACAGUGAUUUAUUAUGAUUAUUAUUUAUGUCAGAACUUUUGGCAGGGAGUAAAAACUUGUAUCAUCCAAAAUGUGAUGUUGGUCUAUGUCAGUCAUUAUGUAAAGGACAUCGAAGAUAAAAAGUGAAACUGAAAAUGACAUGGUAGGGCAAUGCAAUUUGAAAGCUGUCAAAACAUGAAUUGUAUAGCUGUGAGAAUUCCACCUUUUGGAGAAUUUUUCAUUAAAAGACGAGGGUACCAGCCAUUAAAAGCUUUACCUUCCUAUUUGCAGCUGCCCUCCUGUUGAUGUAAUCAAAGAUCUCUUAUUGUCGGUGGAGAGAGUGACUUUUUAUGGAUUCCUCAUUGGCCUUGCCAAACAUGCUGGAGUCAACGAGAGCAUAGGUAGAGUUGAUACACUUUAGUUUGACUGACACAUUUUGAGGUUGCUUAUUGGUCCCAUUGGAUGCCUUUCUUUAACAUUAUAUAAUAAAUCAAUUUUGUCUGACUUCUUCUCUGAUAACAGCAACCUUGCCUGACAAAUCUGCCAUCAUGGAGGAGACUGAUCAAGAGCUUAGCAGGUUUGUAGUAAAUUUUAUUUCAAUAAAACUGAAGGAUCUGUCCACAGUUGUUCAAACGUUGGAUAGUGCAGGGUUGUCAAGAGUAGCCAGCUGCCGGUGAAAGUUGCCGCUUACUUGGUUAGUAACGGCCAGCUACUCUGCUUGGCAUUUCUUUACAGAUGGCAUUCCUUUUCAGGGCAUGGGGUGGGGAUUUGACAUUUUGCAAAAAUUUGCUGUCAAAUUCCUUGCCCACGGGAAAAUCAUUCCAGUCAAAUGCAACCAAAUUUCCCACCCUGGGCUGCUCAUUGCGCUGUCAAAUAUCGCAAGGCUGGACCCAAGAAAGGCGCAAUAAAAAUAUCUAAUAAAACUCUGAAAUCUUUAUUUAUAUAACGUUGCUGCAUCACCAAAGAUACAUGUUCCUGUUACAGAUGCAAUUAUACAUUUUAACCAUAAUCCGCGUUACACUGCGUAGAAUACAGAAACCUUUAGGAGAAAGUCCACAUUUUGUAAGUUUAAAUAUACCGUUCUUAGUAAAGGGUACAAAGAAAGUUAUUUUAUAAGCUUACACUGAUUGUAGCGAAUGAGCCAUAUACUGAUCAAUUGUACUAGCAAAAAUCGACUCGGUUGCUCUUUACCUCCGUUUACUUUGAUACCACAGUAUCUUAAGAGGUUCAGUUGAUCAAAAACACGCUAAAACAAAUUAAAUUUGAAGACAAAACAGUGAAAUCCACCCAGCUUUCGCUUGUUCUCGUUGGCCUUCAUGAUCUCCAGAUCUUUCCACACCAUACGGCACAUGCGUGAAGCAUGGAAGUGUGUUUGGUCUCAGUCUUUUUCGUCCGAGUCGGCAGUCAAAUAUCUCCAUGCCGGGCGAAGAAAGAUUCAAAUAUCCCUCCCCUGGGAGAAGAAGAUAAGUCAAAUGCACUACCCCAGGGCCAACAAAGACAAUCAAAUCCCCACCCCAUGCCCUGUCCCCCCCCCCCCCCCCCCCCCCCCCCUCGCCGUCAUAACAUUGAUAGGUGCAUAAGGAAAAUAGAAUCUGCUGUCCCUCCUUACAAGGCUGCACACUUUUUUAGUUGCUGGUCCUCUUAUUUGCUGAUCUAGUUAAGGCCUCACUUCGAUGAAAGUAGCCCAGCUUUGAAAAAAUGCCAAUUGCAGAGUGCAAAGAAAGUCAGUUUUUACAGCUUGCCAUGCAGGGAGGCUGUAGUUGGAAAGUACUAGCCCAGAAGUCAUUUUGAUGAACAGGAUUGAUCUUCUGUAAGUUCAAUAACCCAAAAAACUUCACUUGCUGAUCGGGCAAGAUAAGAGCAGAAUUCACUUUCCUGAUAGCAAAAUCCACUAGCCCCAGGAUAUCGGACAGUACUUUCUUUGCGUGCUGCAAUUGAUUUAUUGGACUGAAAAAACAAAAACAUGAUAGUAAUAAUAAAUUUAAGACCCUUUUCUGCACUAUUAACAUUCUGUAUUUAUUUUGUGAAUAACUCCUCAAUUGCAGCCUUAGAAAUAUUAUUGCGCUUAACUGUAAGAUGAGUAACCUGUGAACAGGCAAUCUUGUGGGAUGAAUGAGUGAAUGAAUCAACUAAUCAAUUGCACAAUACUUGCCACAACAGUCAGUCAGUCUCUUGUUUUCAUUUCUUUCAUUCGACUGUUUUCGUUUUAUUUGCAGUCCAGCACCAAGGCCCAAGUCAGGCAGAUCUAAAAGUGCAAUGUCUAAUUCAGCCAAGAAAGCUCUUUAAACUAGGAUGUACAUGGGGUUAUAUCUCACCUUAAUACACAGGUAGAAUCUAAGUAGAUAAUGAUGUUCACUGUUGGAGUUACUAGGCUAUCAGUUCUCCAAACAAUGAUUACAUUGUAUUAACUUUUAAGAGUUCUUGCCUAGAAUAAGCACCACAUUUCGGAGCAAAAACAUUUGAGCAUCACAUCUCCUGCACCACUGCAACGUUCAUUGAUUUUUUAUGAGUUUUUGAAAUAUUGUUGAUGCAGGUUUUUAAUGCUGCUGUUGUUUUUAACGAGGAAGGGGGCACAUCUUUUGUUCUAUGUAAGCUAUUUUUGCCCUCUGUAAAUAACGACAGUUUAGAGAAAGUAAUACCUGCUACCUUUUUCCGCAAAUAGAACGUUUCAAAUAAGCGCCGCUGUCAAAUAAGCGUUCUUCAACAAGUCAACCGUUGCCAAGUUCUACAUCAAAAAUUGAGUGCAUUGCCAAUUUAAUGUUAUUAUGUAAAGAAAGUCCCAGGAUUCUCAGUCGUCCUUAGGGACGAGUAGGAAAGAGUGUUUGGGACGAGUAGGAAAGAGUGUUUGUUGGACAUCAGACUCCUCCCCAGUCAUCUAUUAUGACUGGGUGGAGGGUUACGGGAGAGUAUCAUAAUGCAACGAAGGGGACGACAUCUGCCGCGCGCAUCUCUGUCGCCUUGCCUGUUUAUAUUUUAGCGUGAAUAAAAGUACACUUUGUAGGGGUCUUGGAUGGUUUAACAGUCUCCUCUCCAGUAAUCUAGUAUGGCUGGGUGGAGAGUUGUCGGAGAGAAUAAACUCCACAAAGAAGGGAGACAUCUCCCGUGCACAUAUCUCCCUCGCCUUAUUCGUUGAUAUUUAUAUACUGUUUAAAAAACAAGCAGGAGUGUAUUACCCGGG